UGUUCAGGGUCAGCUGAUUUAAAAAACGAACGAGUUACAAAACAUUAAAAACUAGCCUACAGAGGCUAGCUACAGAGCAGCGUGUUAUUUCAUUUCCUUGAAUGUAGUCACCGGAAUAUGACAAUCAAUGGACCCUGCUACAACCACAGCUCCGAUGCAAAACGACUGUGAAACAGAAGAGAAGAGCAGCUGUGAGUACCCUCCACGGCCAAGUUCAGUCUGGAGCUGGUGGCCUUCCUGGCGUCCAACAUCCAUGUCCCUUCUAAAGACUGCAGAGUCAAAGAUUCUUGCAUGUAUCCAGAAUGACGUAUGGUCUCGGUUUGUGACCCUGCCAAACCGUGAUCGAAUAUGGACUCUGACCCUCACCAACAAGGGGGUGCGCAAAACUGCAGAACAGGCCCUGAAGACUCCCCUGGUGAUGGUCCACGGGUUCGGUGGAGGGGUCGGCCUUUGGAUCCGGAACGUGGACGCGCUGAGUCGAUCACGGCCAGUUUACGCCUUUGACGUCCUGGGCUUCGGCCGGAGCUCCAGGCCUUCGUUCCCCUCGGAUGCUACCCAGGCAGAGAAGCAGUUUGUGGACUCUAUUGAGCAGUGGAGACAUUCUGUAGGCCUGGAGAACAUGAUACUGCUGGGACACAGUCUGGGGGGGUACCUGGCUACCUCCUACGCCAUGCAGUACCCUACAAGGGUUUCACAUCUUAUCCUUGUGGACCCCUGGGGUUUCCCUGAGCGUCCCCAGCCACAGACCCAAGAAGGUCAUGGAUCAGAAGUAAACAAGAGGCCCCCCCUUCCGCGCUGGGUAAAAGCUAUUGCCGCAGUGGUUUCCCUAUUCAACCCAUUGGCUGUCAUCAGAGCAGCGGGCCCAUGGGGUCCCGGCUUGGUAAACAGAUUUCGUCCUGAUUUCAAAACGAAAUUCGAAGAUCUGUUCGAGGAUGACACAAUGACCCAGUACAUCUACCACUGCAACGCACAGACCCCAAGUGGUGAGGUGGGCUUCAGGGCCAUGUCUGAGUCUCUGGGCUGGGCCAAGAAUCCCAUGCUGGAGCGUGUUCACCAGCUGCCCCCCUCCAUGCCCCUCACCAUGCUGUAUGGAGCACGAUCCUGGGUGGACAGCUCCUCUGGGGACAAAGUGGUCCAAAUUAGGAACCAGGCCCCCACCAAAGUGAUGCUGAUAGACGAUGCUUCUCACCACAUGUAUGCUGAUCAACCAGAGGAGUUCAACAGAGUGGUGGAAAAUAUAUGCAACUCUGUUAACUGAGGUGUGUGUGUGUGUGUGUGUGUGUGUGUGUGUGUGUGUGUGUGUGUGUGUGUGUGUGUGUGUGUGUGUGUGUGUGUGUGUGUGUGUUGGUUUUAGCACUGUUUUGUUGUUUUUGCGUUGGGGCAUAUCAAACCUUCCUGUAGCCCAACAUGAGUUUGAAUGUAAUUGUUUUUGAAUCAUAGAGACAGGUUAUUGAUUUUAUCGUAGUGAAGUUGUCAUUUAUAAGCUGCCAUAUCCUCUUUUUUUUCUGCCUUGAUUUCACCGUAUUUUUGACAAUGCUAACAAAUGCUUAUGCAUAUUUUUGUUACUUUUUCAAAACUCUUAACACAAGCAAUAGCACACCUACAUCUCAGCCAAAUAGUCUAGUUUCUGCUCAUGUUGAUAACGCAAUACCAACAAUACAUUUCAAAUUGCAAUUAAGUUGUCUCUCCAUACUGUAACUCUAUUAAAACACAUAAAACCCACCUCCAUAAUCAAUCACACUAAGUAAAUCAGAACAGUUGAACAAGAUCAUUACUUUUGACUUAUACCUGCGUACCAAACACAAUACGACAUCAAUUGUGUUUCAUAAUUACUCUUUUACUGUAACCCACUCUCCCUUUUUUUGACAUGCUGUCUGUAAGCAUUUUUAAAUAACACAAGAAAGAUCUGUAGUUUUGGUAAGUAAACAUGUAUGUAGAGAAAACGUAAGUAUUUAAGAAAUGUGUUAAUUGACUGCAUAUUCUUGUUGUUAAAAAAUCAGGUGUGUCUGUUAAUGGUAUGGUCUAGAAAAGAUAGCUGUUGUGCUAAUUGUGUUCAGAGUUUUGAAAAUGGGCCUAAAGGAUGUUGACGACUGUAAAACAAAAAAGUUAUUUUGUUAGAAGAGGAUUUAUUUCUAACAUGAUUUAAUUUGUUAAUGUGGUCAUACGGAGUUAUAAUUUAACUACCUUAUUCAGUGCCAAAUUAUGUUGCCUAUUUCUGUGUUUUUUAACAGUGAAACACGCACACCUUUCUGGAUGCACUGAGUUACGGAGCGGACACAUGGCACUUAUUCACACUUUUUAAUGUGCCUGACAUUAAGCACUGUAUGCGUUUUUUCGCCUCUAAGCCCCGCCUUUCUCUUAUAUAUUUACCAUUGUAUGAAACAGCUGUUUGUAUUUUAUAUCUUGUAAACAAUAAAAGCCUAUUUAAGAAACUG